CAUAAAGAAAAUGCCAGCCAACAACGAGUCUCUCUCUCUCUCCCAUUCUUUGUACAAAUUAGCGAAUCUUCUUUUCGUCGUUCUAACGGAAUUCGAAAUUUUGCCCGUGUGCCGGGUCAAAUCCGGCCCAAAGGUUAUGCGUUUUCUCCUCGUGGUAGUUCAGUCUCCGUUGGAUUAGGGGUCUCGUUGGAUGAUCGAUUUGCGUGGUUUGGCAAUCUGGUUUUGCCCUGUGGUGGACUGUCGAUUGUAGCGGAAUCCGAUUCGUCGCUUUCAUGAUGGGUAUUGUUUUUGUUGCGGCGAUCGAAGAUUGUCCGUCGGGGAUUCUGUGAUUCAUUGUUUGAUGGCGAUUUUUACGCAUAGAUUUUGACGAUCCAUACAUUGUUUUCCUGGUGCAUGAACAACUGAAGGUUUUCGGUGUUGAAUUUGUGAAUCUUCGAAAUUUGGCGGAUAUUAUCUGCGGAUCUGGGAGGGCAUUUUUCGGGUUACAUGUCUGAUUGAGUUCUGGGGCCAAAGGAAGAAGAAGGAUUUGUUUGAUAUUGUGCUUGAAGAUUAGGGAUUGCGGAGAGAUUGGACAAGAUGGAUCUUGUGGUUGGUGGAAGAUUUAAGCUUGGAAGGAAAAUCGGUAGCGGGUCCUUUGGCGAGCUAUAUCUGGGUGUUAAUGUCCAAACCGGAGAAGAAGUUGCUGUCAAGAUGGAACCUGUGAAAACCAAACAUCCUCAACUUCAUUAUGAGUCAAAGCUAUAUAUGCUGCUUCAAGGAGGAACCGGUGUUCCAAGCCUCAAGUGGUUUGGAGUUGAAGGGGACUACAAUGUCAUGGUGAUUGAUCUUCUUGGCCCGAGUCUGGAAGACCUAUUCAACUACUGUAACAGGAAGUUCUCCUUGAAAACCGUUCUCAUGCUUGCAGACCAACUACUUAACAGGGUUGAAUACACGCAUUCUAGAGGUUUCCUGCACCGUGAUAUAAAGCCUGACAACUUUUUAAUGGGCCUUGGGCGCAAGGCGAAUCAGGUGUAUAUUAUUGACUUUGGGCUUGGGAAGAAGUACAGAGAUCUUCAGACUCACAAGCACAUUCCGUACAGAGAGAACAAAAACCUCACUGGCACAGCUCGGUAUGCAAGUGUCAACACUCACCUCGGAGUUGAACAAAGUCGAAGGGAUGAUUUGGAAUCACUUGGUUAUGUGCUUAUGUACUUCCUCAGAGGAAGCCUUCCCUGGCAGGGACUGAAAGCUGGAACCAAAAAGCAGAAGUAUGACAGAAUUAGCGAGAAGAAAGUAUCAACUCCUAUAGAGGUGUUGUGUAAAGGUUACCCAUCUGAAUUUGUUUCGUACUUCCAUUACUGUCGGUCCCUAAGGUUUGAUGACAAACCUGACUACUCUUACCUCAAGAGGCUUUUCCGUGACUUGUUUAUCCGAGAAGGUUAUCAGUUUGAUUAUGUAUUUGACUGGACAGUGCUGAAAUACCCUCACACUGGUUCCAGCUCUAGCUCUAGUUUACGGACAAGGCAUCACACUGGGAAACCAGGUCUAAGCGCCGGACCAUCUGCUGAAAAACCAGAAAGGAUCUCAGGAAAAGAAGUUCGAGAUAGAUUCUCAGGUGCGGUUGAGGCCUUCUCCAGGAGGAACCCUACAACUUCUACUCCACGUGAGCAUUCGCGAUCCAGAAACUCGGAUGAUGGACCCCACUCUAAACACCCGGGUGACUCGGAAAGGGCGCGUAGUUCAACCAGAUAUGGAAGCUCGUCAAAGAGAGCGGUGGCUUCAAGCUCUAGGCCAAGUUCAGCGGGUGGUCCAAGCGACAGCAAAACCUCCAGCCGGCUGGUCUCAUCCAGCGGUGGAAGUGGCAGUGGCCGUCCUUCAACCAGUCAAAGAAUCCAAUCGGGAUACGAAUCCAGGACCUCGUCUUUCUCCCGCAACCCUGCUGCGUCUAGGAAUCCUCGUGAUGACCCGAUUAGGAGCAUCGAGCUUCUCUCCAUCCAUAAAUGAAAUGGAGCACGCUAUGAUCAAGCCUAUUCUUGCUUCUGAGUCUUGCCCAAAAGAUCAUAUACUUGAGUUUCGUAUAUGGAAACGUUGGAAGAAGGAAAAUCUAUGGGUAAUUUACAGGUAAUAUCUAUCAGCUUGAGCUGCAGAGGAUCUCUCUUGCUGGGUUUUAUUUUACUCCUCCAAAAAUUCUCUUUUGUUUCUUUACCCUUAUAGAGAUUACAUGUUUGUGUGACGAUAGAAUCAAAAGGUUGGGGGAGUUUUCAUGUAAACGGUGAAGUUUCUAGCCUUAUAUGCAACUUUGAUCCAUUUGUAAUAAAAAAGGAUGCUCUGAUUUCUGUUUUUAGAGGAGCAAAGCUCAAGCCUGCUUUGACUUUU